AUGAAAAUGUUGUGUUUUCUUGCAGGGGAACUGUCUAACUCUGCCACAUACUUUUCAACUUUUGCAGAUGUUAGUACUGCAACAAUGAAUGAGCUUGAUGGAACUUUUGGUUCAAAUGGGAAGGAAACUUGGAAACCUUGGAAAUAUGAAAGCAGGGUUAUUAUUGCCAACCAGGUUGACAAGUUUAAAAAGUCUCUGGCAAAGCAGAAAAUGUUAGAGUCCACUCGAAGGUCUAAGAUUACUAAUUUCAUUGCACAAAGACAUAGCCGACAAGAAUUUAAACCUGCAGUAGGUAAACUAAUAGACAGAGCACAUGUGGAUCCUCCACACCUUAAAAAUAAUGCAUGUGCACUUGCCCACCAACAGCUAUUAAAUGAAGUCAUUGCCAUGUCCAAGCUAAGUGAUGAUGUCAAGUUUUUCUUGCAGGUGUCUCCAAAUUCUCAUUUUCAUAGUUAUGUCACUGCUAUGCGCAAAUGCGGCCUAUCCAGAUUGGCUAAAAAAGUCAUCAAGUGGUUUGACGAAACCAAGGCCAAUGGCAAACAAUUUGAGUAUCGUUUUACAGGGAAGGACUCAAGGUUGUUUUUGUUGCAUUUUAUGUCUUUAAUUUCAGCUGUUGAAUGCAGGGCUAAUCCAGGAAGAGAAGUCACAAUUCUCCAUGUCAUUGCUUACACAUGACUUUGUCUAAGGGACUGUGUAUCACUUCUCAGUCGCAUAGAGAUAACUGAUGAGCAGGUGAGUGAACUCAAAGCCAUAUGUACAAGGUACUUCAGGGCAAAUGCUAUUUUUUUCAUGUUAACCCCACAGUCUGGACCAUCAGUCACAUUGUCCCUGCCCACACCCAGGAUAUGA